CGUCUUUGGUGACAUUGUUAAUAAGUUCAAAGUGAUGCAUCGAGGCGACACAAGUAACAUUCGCGCUCUAACCAUUAUAUAUUCAGAUAAUCUUAAUUCACAAAACUCUACAGACAGCAUCCACUAACAUUCAGAAGACGCUAGAGCGAGACAGUGAUACUCGCAUCUCUGUCUACCCCUGAAACGCAUACCUUUUCAUUAUGACUUCAGUCGCGUCGCGAACUCACUCGAGAGCGGACCUGCCGCGAUCCCGCUUCAAAAAUAAUAAAAAAUUAAUACUAAAACACGUGCAAUCGAAUUCUAAAUUCAAAAGUGACGUUUUAACUUUUUAUUUCAACAGCCGGUACGUGCUAACGUGUUGUUCUACUCAGCUUCAUAAGUUUGUAAAAAAGUUUUAUGUGUUAAAAAAUUAUAGUGACUUUGUCGUUGAUGCCAGGUUAUUAAGAUCAAAAUAACCUAGGAAUAUUUUCGUCGAGGACACAGUUUGCUAUGCACGGAGACAGUUCAACUGUACGUGAUAUAUGGAACUUGUUUUUUUAAUGUAUGUGUUUAGUGGUUUUGCAAGGAUUGGAUGAAGUGUUUUUGAAGACCUAAUUCAAUUAUCAGGUCUGAAGCAGGCGAAGCUAAUUAAAACUGUGUUAAGUGUUAACUAAAUAAUUUAUAACUGUGUUCAAAAUAUUAGCAAAUCUUAGUGUUAAAGUGAAGUGAAAAGUAACCGUUAGAUAUACUAAGUGAUAUUUUGUAACAGAUAAAUGUGUAAUAGGUAUGACUAACAGUUCCGAUUUGUGACAGUGAUACGUUUUAUUUGUGUUGUACUAGGCUGUAUUAGUUGAGUCUGUUAUAUUAGUGGUACGUCGUGAUGGUUGGCUAGUGGAUGGAGAUUUUGAUGGUUCUGCCACAGUCACCACGAAUGCGGGCGCGAGGCCCCUCCGACCGGCAGGUCAAUGACAUCGCCGGCACUGUUCGUGCUUUUCUUGGCCCUUGUAUGUUCAAUCUUCGGCCUCGCUUCAGAACAAACAGCUGAUCAUGACAGCAAGCGGACAAAAAUGAGCAAGAUGGCCGUUCCUGACUACGGUCCCAACGUGGACAGCCAUUGGAUUAAUAAAAUUAAUAGAAAAUAUAUAAAUUACAACGAAAAUUUCGACGAAGUGAAACCAAAGAAGAAAUUUGAUGAGAUAUAUGAAGAGAAUGAGAUACAGAAAAAGAAUUUAGAUAUACAUAGGAGUAAUGUGCAGAAGAUGAAAAGGGAAAUGAGGAAUUUUGACGAGAGUGACCUUGAGGUGAAGAGCAGGGUCAAGCGAGAGGAGAAUGACCCGAGAUGUGAGAGCUUUGAGUUCGAUGCUAAUGAUAAGUUUAUAACACAUCCCCAUCCCAGGAACGGGGGAAAUAAUUACUAUUAUAAUAAUUCUAAUUGCGUCACCAAAAUAACAGCUUCGUCAAACAACAUGGUGAUAGAGUUGACGUUUGUGGACGUGUUUCGUAUAGAGUACCAUCCGGAGUGCGCAUACGACUAUUUAGAGAUCCGAGACGGUUACUACGGCUACGCGGACCUCCUGGGCAGGUUCUGCGGGCAGGCCUUCCCGCGGACCCUGAAGACCAAGGGUCCUCACGUGUGGCUGAAGUUCCACUCGGACGACACGAUAGAGUACGAUGGGUUCCGCAUCAACAUCGAGUUUAAGGAGGGACCGAGCCACCUAAUACCGGAGUCGUGUUACAAAACUUUUGAUGGGCAAAAGUUCGGAGUAAUUGACACCACUAAAAUUGAUCCCACUUGUACGAGUUACCCCAACCAGGCUCUGGAUGUGCUGUGGACCAUUAAAGCCCCGGAGAAUACUAAAAUUUACCUCAAUUUCACAACUUAUCAGCUUUCAAAACCAAAUGAGUGUAACGAGAACAUAAUCCAAGUGUUCGAGUCUGUUCAUCAGGAAAUGGACUCCAAACUGGCUGAAUAUUGCGGAUCCGUUGCAAAUUCUGUGACGACAAAAGAUAAAAAUGGGAAUAUUAUGUACGUAAGGCUCUACGUGUCCAAGGAGGCUAAGAAUGGGACCUCUUUCAAUGCAACCUUCAACGCUUACAGGACUUUAGACCCGGCCAAAGAUGACAAGUGUCUCGAGGACGAGUUCGAUUGUGAAGACAACACGUGUAUCGAUUUGCAAUUGAGAUGCGAUCACGAUGCUCACUGCCGUCUGAAGGCUGACGAAGACAAAGCCACGUGUGAUAGGAAGACAGAGUCCACCAUCAACCAGCCGCACCUGAUGGUAAUCCUCAUCAUCUUCUCUCUCAUCCUGUCCGGCAUGAGCUUCGUCUUUAUCUUCAAGUGUAUGCGGAAACUCUACCAGGAUCAUAAAAUUAUCAAGGAACAUAUAAGACAAUCAUGUGAAGACCGGCUCGACAGUUUGGUCGGGAGCCGCCUGACCUUAGACCCCAAGAAAUUACAAAGAGACAGUGAACCAAGACAAAGUUUAGAAAGAGACAACCAUACAAACGAAAUGUUCAAGAAACAGAGAAGUUACUCGUCUAAAACUAAGCAACCAAGUAUAGAAUCAGAUUUCAUCCAAGAAACCCACUUAGACCUUGAUGAAGAACCAUGGAGAAGAGAAGUAGAGAGCAUGCCAAUAGAAGAAGAUGUAAGAAUUGAGCGCAACGGGAGAACAAGAAAAAGUGAUUUAAGUAGAAAAGAAGAGUCAAUGAGGAGUAGAACGAGAGUGAGUGAGGAGUGUAGAGAGAAGAGAGAGAUAAGAGAUGUGUCGGUUGGAGCCCCGGAUACGAAGGAGUCUGGCUGUCAGACUAGAGAGAGCCUGUUCCAGACAGAUCCUCCAGCGAGUUCGGACGGUUCUGGCACCAACAGUCGAGGGUUUUCGACCUUCGGCUACUCGGGAGCCACCAUCAUCAGACCCUCGCCACCAGCCGCCACCAACACUUCCGAGAUCACCAUUGAACUGCUGAAACAAAUGCCAACUCAUGAACAGAAACCACCAAAGAAGCUCCCCGACCGUCGUCCGAUCAGCACGGAGACGACGCGCUCCGCUCCCGACGUCAUCAUCGUGUCCAAACCGAUUCGCUGAGGAUGACCCCCGGGGCCCCCGCCGUGGGCCCCGACGCCCCCGGACACCUGGUACCCGCUGGAGGCCAGGGCCAGGCCCGAGGGCUGCUACCACCACCACACCUGCAUGGACUUCUCAAAGAGCAUGUCCUUCGACAGCUGUGAUGGCUACUAUAGCAAGUACUUUGACGAGAGACCAAAGCUCAUUUAUGACUAUUGCCUGAAAAGUGACUUUGAGUACAAAAAGGCUCGGACUCUGCCUAGAAAUUUAGGUUCUUCUAUGGACUAUAAGCCUAGAGUUUACCCCCAACGCAGUGUGUGUUUCUACGGCAUAGACGAUGAAGUAGAGCAGUGCAGAAGAGCGCGGAAGACGUUUGUGGUGAGAGCUGACGUAGAGCCCCAUAGAUAACAUUUGUGAGGACUUUUAUAGCAUUUUUAUAUAGUUCUAGGAUUUUGUUUGUGACUUAAUGUUAAGUAAUAGAGUAAUGGACGAAUACCCAAACGUCAAGUUUGAAGACACUAAGUCUCAUGCUGUCACCGUCGCAUUAAGAUGAAUGGAACGACAUACAAACAUUUAGUGGCGUUUUAGUAUUCGAGGGGAAGUUGUUCAUUUUGUGAUUGUUUUAGUUGUUUGUUGAUUUAGAAGUUUCUUGAUAUUUAAUGAGGGAAAAGAAGCCUCAACCAAUUUUGUCUCUUUUUCAGAUUCAUUGAAGAUGUUUUACGAAAAACUAUUUUUUAAUAAAUUCUAGUAAUCUCAUUUUGGUCUCUUUAUUAUUUAUCUUAAUAUGAAAUAUUUUUGGUAUUUAAACUUUGAACGUUAUUGAGUGACAAGUUUCUUGUAAAUCGUUGCUGAUUUCUCUUUUUUUUUGUUUGAACAGGAAAACACAAAUAGCUAGAUAAUUAAUAUUUAUAAAUGUUAGCUAUACAGAUGAAAUAAACGCACAUUGAUUUUAUUCUAGGUGACUUCUGCUUCACAAGAGGCCUGAACAUAUAUUAUAUAUGUACAUACAGAACCAAAUACUGCCAUUGGUUGUAAUAUUAUCGAAUAAAUACUGUGGAAGCAAAAAAACAGCCAAGUGCGAGUCGGGCUCGCGACACUAACGGUUCCGUACAAAUAGGCUAAAGACAAACAGACUUUUCCCCCAUCACGAAUAUAUAUAGGUAUAUACGUUAAUCAUUAUUGUUUUGCUAUAGCGGCAAUAGAAAUGCAACAAUGCAAAAUCAGCUAUCUAGGUAUCAAAGUUCAUGAGAUACAGCUUGCCGAACGAUGGACAGAUCAGCUGAGCCUGUGAUAGUGUACCGUUAUUACCCUUUGGUACGGACCCCAAAAAUUAACAAAUUUUAAUUAAUGUAUUUAAUAAUUAUAUGUAAACUGUUUCUGUUAUAUACGGUUCCUUAAUUAUUUUGUUGAAAAUAUAUGUUCUAUAUCACAUGUCUAUCACAAUUUAUAACCAUGUGAUUUUUUUAAAGAGUUUAGGUUUUAUCAUUUAAAAUGAAUAUAUUUAAGAAUUCAUUUGUGCCAAAUAACUUCCACAGUAUUUAUAAAUUAAGAAUUUCCUGCAAAUAUAUUAU